GACGGCACUGACUGGCAUCACUGCUGGGCACUGACUGGCGGCACUGACUGGCACAACCCCUGGGCACUGACUGGUGGCACUGACUGGCAGCACUGCUGGGCUGCACUGGUGGGUGGCACUGGUGGGCAGCACUGGUGGGUGGGCACAGGUGGGUGGCACUGGUGGGCACAGGUGGGUGGCACUGAUGGGCACAGGUGGGUGGGCACAGGUGGGUGGCACUGCUGGGCACAGGUAGAGUGGCACAGGUGGGUGCACUGCUGGGCACAGGUGGGUGCACUGCUGGGCACAGGUGGGUGAUCUGCUGGGCACAGGUGGGCG